GAGGAGCCAGAAGAGAACGGCUACAGAGAGAAAGAGAGGCUAGCAGAGAGCAUUUUUACAUAAGUGUUUGCAUUAACUGGCGUUCUCACGAUGAUUCUACUGGUGGCGUUGGACUAUUUUGAUGUGAACAGCUGUCUGGUGUUCAUCUUUGUGUUUCUCUUGGUGAUGGACAUCGUCAGGAACAGACCUCCACCUAACUUCCCUCCUGGACCCUGGUCUCUUCCUUUCCUGGGAAAUAUCUUCACAGUGCCAGACCCAGAGACUAUGAAAAAGAUGGCGCAGAAAUAUGGUCCAGUGUACAGCCUGCGUCGAGGCAGUGCGAGGGAAAUCUAUAUCUCAGGGUAUAAGAUGGUGAAGGAAGCUCUAGUCAAUCAACUGGACACUUUUGCUGAACGCCCCAUCAUUCCUCUGUUUCACAAAACCAACAAAGCCCUUGGCCUUUCUCUAAGCAAUGGUUACUUAUGGAAAGCCCAGAGGAAGUUUGCCAACACCCACCUGCGUUACUUCGGUGAGGGGACAAAGGGCCUGGAGCACUACAUCCAGCUGGAGAGCAACUUCCUGUGUGAGGUCUUUAAAGAAGAGCAGGGAAGAGGAUUCAACCCCCAUUUCAUCUUGAAUAACGCGGUGGGGAAUGUUAUCUCCUCUGUGGUGUUCGGCCAUCGAUUUGAGUACAGUGAUGAAAACUUCCAGAAGCUCCUACGCUUGAACAACGAGGCUGUGAUACUAUCCGGUACUGCUCGAGCUCAGCUCUUUGAUAUCUUCCCAGGCAUUCUGAAGUACCUGCCUGGUCCCCAUCAAACCAUCCAGUCCAACUAUUGUCAGAUGACAGACAUCCUGCAGGUGGAGAUAGAUAAGCACAAGGAGGACUGGGAUCCAGAGAAUCCCAGGGACUACGUAGACAUGUACCUCACAGAGAUUAACAAGAGGAAGGAGGACCCCAAAGCUGGCUUUGACACAGAGAACCUGCUGGUAUGUACCCUGGACCUGAUUGAGGCUGGGACAGAGACCACUGGCACCACCUUACGCUGGGCUCUGGUCUUCAUGAUGAACUAUCCUGAGACACAAGAGAAGGUACAGGCUGAGAUAGACAGAGUAAUAGGACAAUCCCGCCAGCCCAACAUGUCUGACAGGCCUAACAUGCCCUACACUGACGCUGUCAUCCAUGAGAUCCAGAGGAUGGGAAACAUUUUGCCGCUGGGUUUCCCUAAGAUGUCCAGCAAAGACGCAACACUGGGGGGAUAUUUCAUACCCAAGGGGACGGCCAUCAACACCAUCCUGUCUUCAGUGCUUGUUGACAAAGAUGAGUGGGAAACUCCUGAUACCUUCAACCCAGAGCAUUUCCUGGAUUCUAACAAACAGUUCAGGAAGAGAAACGCAUUCAUGCCUUUCUCAGCAGGUAAGCGAGGAUGCUUGGGGGAGCAUCUUGCCCGUAUGGAGCUGUUUCUGUUUUUCUCCUCCCUGUUGCAGCGUUUCUCCUUCUCUCCAGUCCCUGGAGUUGUGCCCAAUCUGGAGAGGGUCCUGGGGUUCACUCACUCCCCAAAGACGUUUCUGGUCAGAGCUCUACCGCGGUGAACUUUUCCAUACAAGAACUACUCCCCCUCCCCCACAAUCUGACCUACUUCUCCUACCUCCAAACAAAACAUUGUGACUUCCAAACAAUGCCUGCCUGGGGAAAAAAUUGUGAUAGAGAAGUAUGAUUUUUUUUUUGUGUUGAGCAGAUUCCCUGGACAGAGGAUGCUGUAAUAGAAAAAAACAUGUGCUACUUCUACAUUUACAAACUUUAUACAUCAGCUUUUCAAGCAUUUCCAACUUAAAAACUUUUUUGUACAGUGGAUAUAAAAAGUCUACACACCCCUGUUAAAUGUCAGAUUAUUGUGAUGUAAAAGAAUGAGACAAA